CAGGGCGUCACUGAUAGAGGAGGCAGCAUGUGUGAGUUCCACCAGCUCCGACUGAACACUGUAUAAACCUUCAAAAGUACAGGAAUAUAAAGUUUACCCAUUCAGGCACAGAUGCAGGGGUCAGAGGUCGGAGAGGACCCCAGGCUGGAUGAUGACAUGGUGGAUGGAGACCUGGGUGACGGUCUUAGAUCCAGAUCCAAACCCAGCUCCAACAGGAAGAAGAGCCCGAGCUGUUCUGGACUCACCGGAGCAGAGUUCCAGGUCGGAGAUGUUCAGUGGAUCCCAGGACGGGGGUCGUUUGAUGGACAGCAUGGAGCGUCCUGGAAGCUGCUGCGGCCCGCUGGUCCUCUAGUCGACUUGUCCAAAGAUGAGCUGAAGGACAGACUACAGGAGGCAACUGAGACCAUAGAUGUUUUAUGUUGUGAGCUGGAGGCGGCACAUCGAUACCUAGAAGGAAAAUAUGAAGCUCUGAAGAUCCUGCAGGGAAAGACCAUUCUGGACAAAGCUACAUGUCACACAAAAAGCCUCCUUCAGAAGAGCGAGGACCGGGCCAAAGCUCUGGAAAAGGAGGUGAACAGUCUGCAGUGGGAGCUGAGUCUGAUCCAGAUCCAGAUGAAGGAGUCGGAACAGUCGUGGAAACAUAAGUUCAACAGAAUUUUAAGUGAGAACGAGACUCUGACUGAAAACCUGAAAGAAAGAGAGAUGGAGAAUCAGCAUCUUCGAGCAGAGAAUUCAGCUUUACGUCAGCAGUGUGUGGAGCUCCUGUCCAUGUUGAAUGUGAAAGAGCAGCUCGUCUAUGAGGAAACCAAACCUCAGCAAAGCCCUGAGAGAGAAGCAGGUGUUCUGCAGCUGGCGGUGUUGGGGGCCUGCAGGUGUGUGGGUGUGGCUGAAGUGUGUCCAUGUGGUUGGACGGCGGCUGCCAGCAGGAAACAGCUGGUCCAGCUCCAGCAUGAGCUGAAUUCCGUGCGUUUGCGGAGGGAGGAGGCGCUGAUGGUUGCAGAUGCUUUUCGUAUCGCCUUUGAACAGCAGCUGAGGACUCGAAGUGAACACUUGAUGCUUUUAGCGAAAGCGAAGGUCCUCAAAUCCAACCACUGCAAAGCUGAAGGCGCCAACAGGAGUCCUUUAGUGAGUGUAGGCCAGAGACUUCGUGGACUCCUGCCCUCUGGUCUGGACAUGAAGAGUCCUGAUGAUCUUUUACAGACUCUGCACCACCUGCUGGACCUGCUGAAUGACAAGGAGGAGGCCCUGGCCCACCAGAGGAAGGUGAGCAUCAUGUUGGCUCACAGCGCCGAUGAGCUCCAGAAACGCCUGCAUGGAAACUCAGAGCGGCGCCCAGCAGAGGCAAGAACUCCAUCAGAGCAAGAACAAGACCCGUCAGAGCCGCAAAAACAAACGUCAGAGCAACAAAAACAAACUCAAACAUCAUCUGAGAAUUCACACGACACACAGAACCAAGACCUCCCACAAUGCAACAGUACAGAACAGCUACAGCAGGAGUCACAGGAGUCCACCAUCCAGGUCCUUAUUGACAAUGACAAUCAGUUCUCAACUAACUUACCUGGUUAAAUAAAGGUUCAAAUAAAAAAAAAUUUAAAAAAUUAAAAUCAGUCAUCAUGGGACGGUGAAGAGUCAGCGUCCAGCUCCUCCAUCUGUAGAAACCACCGGAACACCAACAGGAUGUAGCGGAGUACAGCUGUCAGCCACAGGAUGGUCAGACGGUUACUAUGACGAUUCAAACAUUCAAAGAUUCAUUAUUGUUAAUUCACUAGAUCAGGGGUGUCAAACUCAUUUUAGUUCAGAGGCCAAAUUCAGCCAAAUUUGAUCU